AGUAGGAUGAGUAGUUCUGCCACCCGCACGCUGUUUUAUCAGAUCCGAAGCAUACUUACUCUUUGUUCACCAAGGGAUGUAAGCACGCAAAUUACAGUGUUGUCUGUCUCUGGAAACGUAGUUUUAUAUCAUUUUUUAUAUGUGACGUGUUAGAUGUGGAACACAGGAAUAUAGGAUAAUCGCGGCUGAUCCUUUAAACAUAUUGACGCUCAUAAACCCGUGUCCUGGAAAUAAACAGCCACGUAUAAUAGUUAUUAGUUAAUUGAGUAUUAACCGACUAAUAAGCUGAGGAGAAGGGCCGCAUAUGCUGUGAAAGUUUACCGUGGUGAUAACAGCGCCGCCAGGCAGGCAUGAGCAGAGCCGAAUCUGCAGAAAAUGAGGAUCGGACGUGAGCUACGUGCGCAUCCAGGGGUAGACGACAUGACAUGGAGAGACUGGGAAAUACGGACCUUAUAAAUGCACACGGACGCGAGAGUAUCAGUUCAACGCCAGACAGAGUCCCAAAUAUAAUGGGUCUGAACGCGACCACUGCGGGGGAGCUGCUGGCAGGACACACGUCCAGAUCUGGAUCUGGAAUCACGCUCCUGAAGGACUCAAAAAGCGGCUUGUCUUUGUGUAAUGGUGGAGGAGUGCUGUCGCCUUCACCUAAAGCCGACAGAAGUUACGAUGAAGCACAGAGCAAGCGUUUACAUCUAAAUGGACUGGUAGAGACUCCCAAUGGGGCCCUUACCAGUCAUGGGGACAACAGGCCUAUGAAGAGACCGAUCGGAGAGCUGCGAUUUAGACAAAUCCAACACCAGAGGAGAAAAGACGAGGAAAACAGAGACUUCGGGACAAAUGGUUGUUCUGCCAACGGGUCUGGAUCUGGAUGCUCCUCUGAAACGGACCCCAUACAUGAAUGCAAAAGGAGAAAGGUUGAAAUAGACUCCAAAACAGACUCUAGUAAAAGCAUGCGGACUGUUCCGCCUCUUGCAGCCAAUCACCAACACAAAAACUGCUCAGCGUCACACCCUAACGGGGUUUAUCACAAUGGCCACAAAGUUGCAUUGAACCAUGUGGCCCCUGGACAGGCCGAAGUGCGAACCGCACCACCUCUGGUGGCAACCUGCUCUCCAGAACACAUGGCCCAGCAAUACAUAGUUCCCUGUAUGAAGUUUUACGGCAUUUGCGUCAAAGAUACUUUCCUGGGGGAACGCCUGGGCAGUAGAGUUGUAGAGGAAGUGCAGACUCUCAAUCGCAGUGGGAAGUUCAGAGGAGGCCAGUUGGUCAUCCAGAAGAACAUCCCAUCUAAGAACAUUCGCGGGGACCAGAUAGCCUGGGUCGAAGGCAAUGAGCCGGGCUGCGAGAACAUUGGGACCCUCAUGGCUCACAUUGAUGAGGCCAUCAUGCGCAGUGCUGCCAACGGACAGCUGGGGGAUUGUGUCAUCAAUGGGCGCACACAGGCCAUGGUGGCGUGUUACCCAGGCAGUGGCACAGGAUACGUGCGACAUGUGGACAAUCCUAAUGGUGACGGGCGCUGCAUAACCUGCAUCUACUAUCUGAACAAGAACUGGGAUGUGAAGGUUCAUGGAGGUUUAUUGCAGAUCUACCCUGAGGGUCGUAAUGUUGUCGCCAACAUCGAGCCUGUUUUUGACCGUCUGCUCAUUUUCUGGUCUGAUCGGCGAAACCCACAUGAAGUGAUGCCAGCUUUUGCCACCCGUUAUGCCAUCACUGUUUGGUACUUUGAUGCAAAAGAGCGAGCUGAAGCGAAGGAGAAGUACAGACUGGCUUCAGGACAGAAAGGAGUUCAAGUGCCCGUCACGCAGAGCAGCAAGACCUGAAUGUCUGUCAGUAAAGUGUGUGUGUGUGUGUGUGUGAGUGUGUGUGUGUGUGCAGUCUGUGGCUGCUGCUGCCCUGCUAUUGGAGGAUUUUAGGUGGAGAUGCAAGAAGCCUAACCAAUCGCUGCUGUUUCUGUGGCCUCAGAAAUCAAACCACAAGUUAGAUACACUAAGGUGACUCGAUGAACACCAGAAAUUGACACGUCUCUUUACUUGACAGUGAAAGGCUGGCAGAUAUUUUCCUCGUCAUUGAAAAUCAACAGUUACCUUAGUAAUUUGAGUCAUUUCUGUAUCUAAUAAUAAUCAAGCCCUCACUUUUCCUGACACUACACCUGUGUGCGUGUGUAAGUGGACAGAUGAGAUUUUCCAGUGGCCUUUUGUCAUAUUGUGUUCAUCCCUGUGAAUGUGUAACCAUGCAAAGUACGCUCCGCUAGAUCAUCAAACCUGACAGAAAAUAACUAACGAUCAUAUUAUACACAGACGCUCCAAAGCACAGGAUCCCCUACAAUUGAGCCUGAGAAGAAGUUACGGUUAAUUUGCUACAAAUGAACAGCGCCCUCUGAUGGUGUCCAUUUUCACGCAAUGCUUUGCUAAAGAAAUUAUGCAAAUCUAGUAGCUGAACACAAAUUUGUAUGUCGCAGCUCCCCCCAUUUGCAGCAGACAUGAAGAACGUAUUCUUACAGUCCGUCUGCACUUUUUUUUGGUAGUUGUCCUUGCCGUUGCAUCAAUUUACUUUGUAUUUUCAGAAACAGAUACAUUUUGUAGACGGCAACCUUUAUAUGAGGAUGCACUGAUGUAAAACAUCUGGACGAUAAUUUUUAUCAUUAUUAUUAUUGUUUUAUGUUAUAGUUGAUUAUGCUAUAAAUCGACAACGUUAAAAAUUCUAAACUAUUUUGUAAUAAUAAAUGUAAAUAGAAAUAAAACAGUAAAAAAAUUUUUUUUUAAAUGCUACAAUAAAUUUAGGCAUCACGAUAUUAUAAUGUACAGUUUAAAAAUAAUAAUGUCUAACACUGUUAUAUAAUUAUCCAAGUUUUUUAAACAAAGUUAAAGUGUUGCAUUGGAUAAAAAUGCUAAAAACUAAAUGUUAAGAUACGGAAAAAAUGAGCUGCACAAAAAAAUUCAACUAUGAAGUAUCAAAAAUAAAAUUAAAUAUCACCUGAUACAUAAAAUGCCACAGAUAUAUUGUACAUCGCUUGCUAUAACAAGAAAAAAAAAAAAAAAGAUUGCAUAUGAAAUGCCCAUCUACUUCGAUUACAGUUCGAAUUAAUAAGGUUAAUGGGAUGCAUAUUUGUCAAACAUACAUAACUGAAACAAGACUUGUAACAGUAGACUGAUUCUGUUAGAAUACAUAUGUUUGUCAUUUAAUGCUAUUAUUAUAUCCAGUUGUAUAUUGAUAGUUGCUAAGCAUCAGUUAUUACCUAAGUAAUUCCCAGCAGGCACAGGAUGUAAACAUCAGAUUAACAUUGUACCCCAAUGUCGUGGGACGUUGCCUUUUGUUUGGAAAUGAAAAUCUUGUUGUCGCCACAACCCAACGUCAGGUCAACGUCACUUUCCAGACAGAUGUUUCUUUUUGGUUACUUUCUAAGGCAACCUAAGAACAACCAAAUAUCAACAUCUAAUGAUGUUAAAGCUUGUCGGUGUGUGGACGUUACCAGUUUGAUGUCUAACAGACGUUGGAUUUAGGUUGCCAUACCUGACGAAUAAAUGUCAGUAUUUGACGUUCAUAUGACGUAGGUUUAAGAUGUUGUCUUGACGUUAUGGUCACUUUUAAACACGAUCUAAAAUCAACCAAAUAUCAAUGUCAUUUCAUGUCAUUAUUGGAUGUCAAAAUAACAUUUAUAACUGAAACAAGACUUGUAACAGUAGACUGAUUCUGUUAGAAUACAUAUGCUUGUCAUUUAAUGCUAUUAUUAUAUCCAGUUGUAUAUUGAUAGUUGCUAAGCAUCAGUUAUUAACUAAGUAAUUUCCAGCAGGCACAGGACGUAAACUUCAGAUUGACGUUGUACCCCAACGUCAAGGGACGUUGCAUUUUGUUUGAAAAUAAAAAGCUUGUUGUCGCCACAACUUACGUCAGGUCAACGUCAAUGUCCAAACAGAUGUUUCUUUUUGGUUACUUUCUAAGGCAACCUAAGAACAACCAAAUAUCAACAUCUAAUGAUGUUAAAGCUUGUCGUUGUGUGGACGUUACCAGUUUGAUGUCUAACAGACGUUGGAUUUAGGUUGCCAUACCUGACGAAUAAAUGUCAGUAUUUGACGUUCAUAUGACGUAGGUUUAAGAUGUUGUCUCGAUGUUAUGGUCACUUUUAAACGCAACCUAAAAUCAACCAAAUAUCAACGUUAUUUCAUGUCGUUAUUGGACGCCAAAAUAACAUUGUCCUCAGAUGCUAGCGACCUAAAUCUAACCUAGUAUUAAUGUCUUAUGACGUUGUCUAUCUGCUGGGUUGGUUUUAAAUGAACAGAUUUGACCUAUUCCAAUCAUUCUAGAUUAAAUGCAUUUAAAAAAAUAAUAUUAUUUACAUAAGAUUAAGUACAUUAUGUAGAAAUCUGCAAUUUUAUUUUUGUGUGCCUGAUGAAAAUGCAUCGCAUUAACUUUAUCAGUUUCAGUGUAAUCCAAAUGCUAAAAAUGCUUUGGACUGCUCCAUCUCCGGGCGUAUGACUGAUUUUAUUGCUCUUUAACACUAUUUAGUCAUCAAUUAAUGGCAUGCUGCCUUUUAAAUUAAAUUUCAAUUCAAAUUCAGCUUACUUGUUUUCCAUAGAAAAUACCGUUACAUUAUUAGUGCUGACCACAUGCUACCGCAUCUCCAUUUUCAUGGAAAGAAAACAUGUCUGCCCAGAAAAUAGCGACAGUGCAUUGAUUUUAAUGCGCACAUUAUCAUAUCAGCACAGAAUAAAUUAUACUCUAUGCACAGCGGUGAAAGUUGCUGAAAUAAAGAGGCUCAAGAAAGUUUUUAGAUUAUACAACUGCAGCCUUUGAAAUGUAUGUUCUGUUACAAAAUGUCCAAACAGGGUGACUUUUUUUUCAUGUAUCUGCACAUUAGGCUACAACAUGCUUUUGAGGGUCUUUCAAUGGAGAUGCACUUACAUGAGAGCUGACAAUCUCCUUCUGCCUCAGAAAGGCGCUGUAGAGCAGGCGAGAUCAGUAUGGGGCUCCUCAAAUCUUGGUAAUAAUGCUUAUAGGCCACCUGGAAAACACAAACAGCCUCACUCUCUAUCAGGUGUCUGUACAUGCACUACCCUUGUGCCUACAUCUCUCAGAGGGCAUUGCAAGUUCAUCAGAUGCUUACUAGUGGCUAUGUUCAGAAUGGAAUAUUGCUACUUUUAAAAAAAGUAUGCAAAUACAGUAUUUUUUUCUUUGUAAAAUGCUAAAUUGCUGUCAAAUCCUGUCAACAAGAUAGUCACCGUUUUUAAAAGUCUAAAGACAUAGAUAUAUACAUUAGAUGUCGCCUUCCCUGUUGUUGUCUAUUAGAAGGAAUGUGUCAAUAGAGCCGCCAUUUUAGUACAGGGUAGCGCUCCUUUGAGAUGAAUGCGGUACCAAGCUGCAGUG